CUUCAUUGUAUCCUUAUACCUUCUAGAACCUAUCAUAGAUUAAGGGUUAGGGUGCCUUGGUGAAAAUCAGUGUUUUCAAUUUGGAUUUUAAAUUCAUGUUCUUUUUUUUUUUUUGGUAAAAUAGUGAGAAAAUGUCAACUUCAAAACAAGCAGUUAAUGAGACUGCAAAAUGGAGCCAAGCAAAUGUAGACACCUUAUUGUUCUGAUGGUAGAGGAAGUUAAGAAAGGAAAUAGGACUACUUCGACUUUUAAUAAAGUUGGUUGGAACAACAUUGCCAAUAACUUCAAAGAAAAAACUGGGGUCAACUAUGCCAUUGUACAGUUGAAGAACAAAGUGAAUAAACUGAGGCAGGAUUAUAGUCAGUUUAAGAAGCUAUUGGAGACAACUGGUUUUGGUUGGGAUACUGCUUCAAGAACUUGUACUGUUGAUGAUGAAUCCAUCUGGGAAUCGCAUAUUAAGGAUAACCCUACUUGGGCACGAUUUAAGAAGCACGGACUACCACAAUGGCCAGAACUAUGUAUGGUAUUUGGUGAUACAUAUGCAGACGGCGAAGGAAGUGGGACUCAAACAACCAUGUUGGAAACUUUGGGGGCCAAUGAUGCUAGGAAUAUGAUUGAGUCUUGUGAUGAGUCAAGAUCCGCUGAUGAGGUUACUCCAUUAGGUGACACUCAAACUGAAGCAGUGGAAAAAAGGCCAGUUACUAAGCAUAGGCAUGAUAGGACUCCAAAUGCGAAAAGGAGGAGGAGCAAGUCUAAUGAUUGGUCAAUGGCAUUCAAGGCAAUUCAAGAUAUUAGUAAAUCAAGGGUAGAACGAGAUGCGAGCAUGUCCACUGCUUCAACCCAAAAUGCGGAACAGAUGUAUGGGAUUACUAGGGCCAUGGAGGUGCUUGAGUCAGGAUAUGAGUUAGAUGAAGCACUAUACGAGAAAGCACUUCGGAAGUUAAUGGCUGACCCGCAAUGGAGAGAAGCAUUAAUUUCCUGCCCUCCUCAUCGGAAGUCAAUACUCCUUCGUACCCUUCAGUAGUUUGCUUCUUGAAAAGUUCUUUUAAUUAAAUAGAUUGAUAA